AUGAAGCUCCCUCGCCUGUGCCGCAUCCCCCUGGCCCUGCUGGUGCUAUGUCUGACAUCACGAGCGAGAUGCUACGUAAAUAACGAUAUCAUUAAAUUCGGAGAGCAGAAUUCAUUAAAGUGCUCUGAGGGAAGCCUCUACAUCCUGCACUGCGAAGUGAAGUGCAUGAACGCGCAGAAUCGUAUCAUCCAUAGGAGUUGCAUAGAUGAGGUGGAGGCCAAAUGUAUGGGCAACGCCAAGUGCAAGUAUUACUUCGACUACGUAGCGAGCAUAAAAGCCCAGAACCUGCGAAACCCAAACGAAAUAGAAGUGGAGGAGUGUGUUGAGUCAGAGAAUAACGAGAUUAAGACAUCGACGACCUGUCUCUUGAGCAAUUCGUUCACCCUAGACGAGAACUACAUUCAAUAUUUUUUUUUUAUUAAGAAUAAAAAUGAAGAACCAAUUACCUGUAAGGAUGGACACCUACAUGUCAAAAGCGCAAUUUUGCAUUCCCCUUUUUGUAAAAUUAAUUUAAAAGAUAUGACUGAAGUUUUGAAAAGGCAAUGCGAUAAGAACCAGGAGUGCAUUAUCAAUCCGUAUAUGUUACAAAAGGAUACCCUUAAUGAGAAGGACCAGUGCUACAUUAACAACUCCUACGUAUCCCUGAGUGUUGUAUGUACAAAGGAGGGAGAAGAAUUACCUGAGGAAACCAAUCAAAAUCAAAAAAGUGAUGAUGACAUAGAUGAAGCAGAAGAAGGAAAAGAUGAAAAGUAUUUGGAGGGAAAUCAAGAGGGGGAAAUUGCAGAUGGAGAUAACGAAUCCGAAGCGUCAAAUGAAGAUGAUGAGCUGAAAAAAAUAAAUGAUGAAGUAGACCUCAUAAUGAACGGAAAUGAAAGCUUCACAGACAAAGUAAAAAAAUCGAAGACUAUCCUUUUAUCAGAAAUGAACGAACAGAUAGUGAAGAAAAAUGCUAUUUUUAAAUUAUUAGGAGAGGAAGUAUCCAAAAUUUUUCACGAAAAGUAUGAUCCAACCGAGAUGAAGGAUCUAAUAGAAGACAGGUACAAUGAAAUGAAGAGAAGUUCAGACCAAGAUCUCUAUUACAUCUACCUGUUAGAUACAUUAGACAUUAAUAAAAUGGAAGAUGUUAAUGUAACAGUUGUUCAGGAUAAUCUAGCCAAUCUGUUGAAGGAAGAAAUGGAAAAGCUUAAUCAAGUCGAGAAAACCAUAAGCAGGUUAAGGAAGAAAUAUCUCUCCAUUUAUAAUAAGGCAAAGGAUAAAGAGGCGAAGGAUCUCUUUGACGAAGAUGUAGAUCCCGUAUUAACUUAUGAUGAUUUCGCUCAUGGUAAUGGAAUGAUUUCAGCCGAUAUCUUCUUUAAGUACAAUCCAACCGUCAAGCCACUGGAGUUUAGCAAAACCAAGGAAAAUGACACGGAAAGUGCUCCCAAGAAGGAAUACAAGGACUUAGUUGAAAUUGAUAACCUUGAUGACCACAACAGGAAGAAGAUUAUCAUCGACAUGAGGAAUGGACUUAUGGAAAAUUUGAAAAAGUUGCAUUAUGAAAAAAAUAUAAUUUUUAAGAAUUUAGCUAGCUGUAUCAAGUCCUACUGCUACAAGAACCCACUGAACCAGGAGAUGCUCAGUAAUGUGCUGAAAAAUAAUUUCGAGGGCCUCAAAGGGAAGAAGAUCAGCGAUCCCGUUGAGGAAAUAGUUACGUAUCUGGACAAGUUGAGCGUUCAGGCAGACGCGCCCGCAGAUGGUAGUUCCUCCGAACUGGGUGUCGGUGAGGCGGUCGGUGAGGUGGUCGGUGAAGAGGUCGGUGGAGCGGAUCAUGGCCCCCCUGUUUGGACGAAGAACAAGCGAAUCCUGGAGAAGCUUCAUGUGUUGCUACACCUGGGGUAUCAACAGGCGUACGAGAAGGAACUUGAAAUAGAUGAAAAGACAGAAAAGUAUAUUGCUCUUAAUGAUAAGGCCAAGGAGUACAAUCUUCACCACCUGCUUAACGAAAGCAACAAGGUGUUGAAGAAGGUCUCUGUGCUCAGCAGUGGCAAGGAUAGCACCGAAGAGGUGUUUGGUAACCAGGCCUCCUUCUUUGACGUGUACAAGGAGGGGCAAGGACCAAGUGAGAAGGACGACGCGACAAGCAACAAAGAUGCGCCGGAGGCUGAUGAAGCGAAAAUGAAAGAAAAAGAAAAAGAAAAAGAAAAAGAAAAAGAAAAAGAAAAAGAAAACGAAAAAGAGGUAAAGAGAAGCAAUUUGGAUGAUGAGAAGGAAGAAGAGGAAAAAAAUAAAAAAAACAAAGAUGAUGUAGAUUACCCUGAUGAAGGACACGAGAGCGGUAAGGAGGAUGGAAAGAAAACUCCAGACGAAGAGGCAAAAAGUGAAGAAGCCGACGAUGUAAAUGCGGAAAGUAAAAAAGAAGAUGGCUCUGAUAAAGUUGGCAAGGAUGGAGAUAAGGAAGAAGCUAAAAAAAAAACAGAUGACGACGAAGACGAUGAUGAGGAUGAUGAUGACGACGAUGAAUCGGAGGAACAGUCAGCGUCAAAAAUGGUGGAUAGUGCACCAAAGGAUGGAAAAUCAGAUGGGGGCUCCACAGAUUCUACCUCCGGGGAUGAAGGUCAUAAUGAUACAACCACAGGAGAAGUGACAGGCCCUGCAAAGGAGGAACAGAAUGAUGUCCCAGUCAAAGGAGAAGACAGCGACGGCGAAAAGGAGGCAACGGAGAAACCCACAGGAGAGACAGUGGUGAAAGGCGACUCGGACAUAACGCCAUUGGGUCCUGACACAGAGAAAAAGGGUAAUGAUGGAGGAUCCUUCUUCCAGGGCAUGAGCAGAAUACUUCUAGCCAUACUGGCUAUACUCUCCCUGGAGUUCUUCAUUUAA